AUGGAUCCCUCACCUACCGCGCAACGUCGUCUCAAAGCCAUCAACGCACACCUCAUCACCGCCGCCGAUCACUCUCCUUCCGAUGUUCAAUCUAAUCCCACCGCCGGCGAGUUCUUCUCCGAGCAAGGGUAUAGUGUUGUACUCCCUGAGAAACUGCGGACAGGAAAGUGGAACGUGUACAGAUCAGCACGUUCUCCUCUGAAGCUGAUUGACAGGUUCUCUGAUAAUCCUGAUAUUGGCACACUACAUGAUAAUUUUGUGCGCUCAGUUGACACUUAUCGGGACUACAAAUAUCUGGGAACCCGUGUCCGCGUCGAUGGAACAGUUGGGGAGUACAAGUGGAUGACAUAUGGAGAAGCAGGUACUGCUCGGGCGGCAAUAGGUUCUGGUUUGGUUAAUCAUGGAAUCCCAAAGGGCUCUGGCAUUGGAUUGUAUUUUAUUAACAGACCUGAGUGGCUCAUUGUUGAUCAUGCUUGCUCUGCAUAUUCAUAUAUAUCAGUGCCUUUAUAUGAUACUCUUGGUCCUGAUGCUGUCAAAUUUGUUGUUAAUCAUGCUCUUGUACAAGUUAUAUUUUGCGUGUCUCAGACAUUAAAUUCAUUGCUGAGCUACUUGUCUGAAAUUCCAACCGUGCGUCUUAUUGUGGUAGUUGGAGGUAUAGAUGAUCAAAUUCCAUCACUUCCAUCAUCAGAUGGAGUUCAAAUUAUUUCAUAUACAAAGCUUAUUAGUCAGGGGCGCAGCAAUCUUCAGCCCUUUCGCCCCCCAAAGCCUGAUGAUAUUGCAACCAUUUGCUAUACGAGUGGCACAACUGGAACUCCAAAGGGUGCCGUCUUGACCCAUCAAAACUUCAUUGCAAAUGUUGCUGGGACCUCUUUGAGUGAAAAAUUCAACCCAAAUGAUGUUUAUAUAUCCUAUCUUCCUUUGGCACACAUUUAUGAGCGAACAAAUCAAGUCAUGACAGUAUAUUUUGGCAUUGCGGUGGGAUUCUUCCAGGGGGAUAAUAUGAAAUUAUUAGACGACCUUGCAGUUCUAAGGCCUACUAUCUUCUGUAGUGUUCCUCGUCUAUAUAACAGAAUAUAUGCUGGUAUUAUUAAUGCUGUUAAAACAUCUGGUGGUCUAAAGGAGAGGAUAUUCAAUGUUGCCUACAAUGCUAAAAAGCAGGCAUUAUUGCACGGAAAGAACCCAUCUCCGAUGUGGGACAGAUUAGUUUUCAACAAGAUAAAGGAAAAACUUGGAGGGCGAGUUCGUCUUAUGGUAUCAGGUGCCUCACCGUUAUCUCCUGAUGUUAUGGAAUUUUUAAAAAUUUGCUUUGGUGGGAGAGUGACCGAAGGGUAUGGAAUGACUGAGACUACUUGUACUAUAAGCUGCAUUGAUGACGGUGACAGACUUAGUGGUCACGUUGGCUCUCCAAGUCCAUGCUGUGAGAUAAAACUUGUAGAUGUUCCGGAAAUGAACUAUACAUCUGAUGAUCAGCCAAACCCCCGUGGUGAAAUUUGCAUCAGGGGUCCCAUUAUUUUUCAAGGAUAUUACAAAGAUGAAGUUCAAACGAGAGAAGUCAUUGAUGAAGAGGGAUGGCUGCAUACCGGAGAUAUUGGGACAUGGAUACCAGGUGGUCGACUCAAAAUCAUUGAUAGGAAGAAGAAUAUCUUUAAGUUGGCACAAGGCGAGUACAUUGCUCCAGAGAAGAUAGAAAAUGUAUAUGUCAAAUGCAAUUUUGUGGCACAGUGCUUUAUAUAUGGUGACAGCUUUAAUUCUUCUUUGGUAGCUAUUGUCUCCGUGGAUCCUGAUGUCAUGAAAGCAUGGGCUGCAUCGGAAGGCAUAGUGUAUAAUAAUUUAACACAACUUUGCAAUAAUCCAAAAACAAAGGCGGCUGUUUUGGCUGAGAUGAAUGCCGUUGGAAGUGAGGCUCAACUUAGAGGUUUUGAAUUUGCAAGAGCGGUCACUUUGGUGGCUGAGCCAUUUGCGAUGGAAAACGGUCUGCUGACUCCGACAAUGAAGAUUAAGAGGCCUCAAGCGAAGGAAUACUUUGCCAAAGCGAUAUCUGAUAUGUAUAAUGAGAUCUCCAUAUCUGAUCCUUCUCUGAAACCCUUGUAA